AUGGCCCGCGUAAAGACGACGUACGGCAAGCGGCCAAAGGCCACUACCACCUUCUCCCCUUCGACCGAUUUCUGGUCAAGCCCGGACAGAGCUCCCGCCAAUUCCAAGCCCGCUCCCGCAGCCGCCAUGGACGAUAUCACAAAUACCCUGCACAGCCUGGACAUAAGAGAGAAGGAGAAGCUGGAGAAGAAAGAAGCCCGCAGGAAGGAGAAGCGCGACAGGGCGGCCCUGCAGGCCAUCGACGCCAAUGCCGCCUCCUCUCCACCCGCCAACCGGGAGAAGACCGCCCACGGCCCCGCAAAUAAGUCCACCACAACAGUCGUCCCAAAAACACCCCAGCGACUGAAGAAGCUGCUGCCGCCGAAGAAGGCCGACCCCAUCGAGCCCCCCACCGUCGAGCAACCCCCUCCCCAAACCGAGCGCAAACAUCGCCCGCGCGGGAAGCCCGCCAACAUCCCCACCAUCCGCCCAGACAGCGACGUCGACACCGCAACCCCGGACGAGACCACCCACCCAGCAGCAGCCCCCGACCAACAGCAGCCCCGAUCCCGAUCCCGAUCCCGCGCCCCCGCCACCCCGCGGCGAAACCCAUCCUCCUCCAUGCCUGCACCUGCACCCGACCCGCUCACCAUCCACGCCAAGCCCCUCCUCCGCCUCUGCGCCGACCGCCAGGGCCGCAGGGCCCCCACCCCCUUCGCCCAGUGGGCCGCCGCGCUCGAGCCCUACUUCGGCGUCGCCAAGAUCGCCGAGGCGUCGUACGGCGAGGUGUACCGGCUGUCGCUGCGGCGGCGGCGGCAGAAGGAUUUCGGGCUGAGCGCGUCGGACGAGUCGGUGCUGAAGGUCAUUGCGCUGAAGCCGCCGGCGCCGAAGAAAAGGCCAGCCAAGAAAAAGGGGAAGAAGACGAAGACGAAGAAGGAGAGGGAGUGGGAGGAGAGGGUCGAGGGGAUGAGUAGUGUUGAGAGCGUCGCGGGCGAGAUUCGCGUCAUGCGCCGCAUGGCCCACGUCCCGGGGUUUACGAACUUCAGGGACGUGAGGGUCGUGAAGGGGUGUCCGCCGCGGUCGUUUGCGCGGGCCUGGGCCGAGUGGAACGAGGGGAGGAGCGAGGAGAAGAGGAGCAUUUUCCCCGAUCCCGCCGAGGAGGGGAGCUAUGACGACGAGCAGCUGUGGGCCAUCAUCGAGAUGCAGGAUGCGGGGACGGACUUGGAGAACCUGAGCAUGCACGACGUCGGCGGCGUGUUUGGCGUGUGGGACAUAUUUUGGAGCGUGGCGCUGGCGCUGGCCAAGGGAGAGGAGGAGGCGAGGUUCGAGCAUCGCGACCUCCACAUGGGCAACAUCUGCAUCCGCCCCGCCAACGCCAACCGCCCCAUCGCCGCCCCCUCGCCCUCCUCCAUCACGAACAUCGCCCGCAACCUCAACUUCACCGGCCUCGAAUCCACAAUCAUCGACUACACCCUCUCGCGCGCCCAGAUGACGGCGCCGGCCGCCUCCCCCGACCCGGACGAAUCCGAAAUCGCCUACCUCGACCUCGACGCCGACCCCGCGCUCUUCGAGGGCGACGCCGAGGUCGAGUACCAGUAUGAGAUGUACCGCUGCAUGCGCGCGGCCAUGUACCUGGGCGACCCGCGGGCGGACGUGGCCGAGAGGUGGGACGACGCGUGCGAGAGCGGGAGGACGUGGGUGGGCUACCAUCCGCAGACGAAUCUGGUGUGGUUGCAUUUCAUCUUGCACGAGAUGAUGAAGCAGAUCGGGGAGGAAGCGGGAGAGGAGGAGAAGAGAGGGGGGAUGUGUGGUGGCAAGGCGAGGGGGAAGGCGAAGGCGAAGGGCGGGACGAGGAGGAAGACGAAGACGACGAAGACGACGAAGGCCAAGAAGAAGACAAGCAGUAAGAGGAAAACUGUCAUCCCGGACUCCGACAACGACGAUGACAACGACCAUGACAACGACGAUGACGGCGACAAUGUUGAAGCUCCCUCCUCUUCUUCAUCCUCCUCCUCCUCCGCCGCCGCCGUCAUCGCCAAGACACAACAACAGACCCGACAAGAAGAAGCAGAAGAAGAAGCAGACCGCGCAGCCACGGCCCAACUCAUCGCCGACAAGCGCCGCAAGCUCCACAAGACCCUCCGCAAGGUCCAGAAGCUCCUCGACGUCGACGGCGGCCGCGGCAGCUGUUGGGCGGCGAAGGGCGGUCAAUAUGGCGGCUUGCACUCGGUCAAAGACCUCGUCGCGCUGGCGCUCGAGGAGGCCUGGCUGGAUGAGGAUGAUGUCAUUGCCGUUCCGACGCUCGACGGGGAUGGAGAAGGGGAGGGGGAGGGGAGCUUGUUGGAGUUGGUGAGGGGGAUGGCGGUUUGA